CUCUUACUUCCCUUCUUCUUAAGCAUUCUUGAAUCUUCUUUUUCCUCCCUCUCUUUCUCUUUCCUUUUCCUCUGCCACUCUCAUCCAUGUAUCCAUCAUCUCCUCCCCCAAUGGCAGCAGAAGUGAAGAAUAUUGAAGCCAAAGCUGAACCAAAACCAGAAGUUUAUAAAGAAGUAGUAGUGGAAGAAAACCCAGAAUCACCUCUCAAGUGCAAGACAUUGGUCUUGAAAGUCUCCGUUCAUUGUGAAGGCUGCAAAAGGAAAGUUAAAAAGAUCCUGACAAACAUCGACGGUGUUUACACCACAGACAUUGAUUUAAGACAACAGAAGGUCACAGUACUGGGAAAUGUAGAUGCAGAUACUUUGAUCAAGAAACUGGUGAAGGCAGGGAAGCAUGCAGAGCUAUGGCCUGACCACAAGGAGAAAAAGAAAGGGAAAUCAAAGAAUAAAAAGAAGAAAGGAAAAGACAAAGAGAAACAAAGUGACCAAGAAAGCGGUGAUGAAGAGGUUGAGAAAGAGAACGAAACUGUGAAAACUCAAGUAGUACAAAUUCAAGACCCUUCUAAAGCCACUGAAAAUGGAAGCACCCAUAAAAACGCAGAGAUUAUUAACGUUGGCAAAGCUGGCGAAGGCGGCACAACCACUAAAGCCUCCGCCGGUGGACAAAUGAAGGAGGUGAAGUUUGAGGUGAAACUACCUGUGACCGCACCGGCCGGUAGCCAGUCACCGGUGGCUGACAACAGAGGCGUCAGCGAAAAUGAGGGUGGUGCUGAGAAAAGUGGCAGUGUUGGUGGUGGUAGCGGAGGUAAAAAGAAGAAAAAGAAGGGGCAUAAGGGGAAUAACGUCAAUUUUGAUGAGGGUGAACAUCAUGGUGAUGCGCCAGCAGGCACUGGAUCAUCUAGUCAAGGUCCUACUGCCUUUCACUAUCCAACUAAUCAAAGCCCUCCACAUCACCACGUGUACCAAUACCCACCACAUAACUAUGCACCUCCUUCGGUGUAUUCAGUGCAUUACAAUGCAGCUCAACCCUGUACUAGCUACGGUGCAUCAAUCUAUCCCCCGUCGUAUUCAUACGCGUACAUGCAUCAUCCGGGGACGGUGAGCGAACCUCCACCGACUGAUUCGGACUCAGAUCUAUUACAACCGUCCGAUUCAUUUGAGAUUUUUAGCGAUGAAAAUCCAAAUGCAUGCUCAAUUAUGUGAAAAUUCGAGAAGGGCAAUGGUGCAAUAUAACGUAGCUAUAUGGUUAGUAAUGGUGCAAUUACUUAUAUUUCAUGUACCUCUCUUCAAUCAUGAUUUUGACAUGAAUAUUUAAGUAAUGUUGUAUUUACUAACUAUAUAUUUAGCCAAAAAAAUUAUAGACAAUAUGGGUAUCAA